AUGUCGAGCUUCAGAUGGAUUGCAGCAAGCUUGCUAUUGCUAAUUCAAAGUGUGGCGGCCACAUGCGAAUGCGGCUACUCAGUGAAUGCAACCUCGUCGCAACAUCAAGUCUUUACAGAUUUGAUAGAGUCUGACUUUCUCACUAUUCAGGACAUUAAGCGGGAUACAGACUGGGAGAUUCAGAGAUACUGGGUCGGAUACGAUCCAAACAAUGGUUACUAUGGCGAGAACUUCACUGCGCAGAAUGUUGUUUCCAAUCCGCUCAAGGAUAACUACACCCUCGCUGGUCCGAGUCAAUUAGGUGGUGAUGCAGGCUUGCAAUUAUGGGUUAGCGGUGGCACCCCAUCGGAUGGUCUCGUGCUUAAUGGCGAAGUCAAGACGGCGCGAGACGAUAUCAAAUAUGGUUCUUUUCGCGUGGGAAUGAAGUUGACCCCUAUCAAUGGGACUUGUAGCGCUUUCUUCUCUUAUUACAACGAUACCCAAGAGAUAGAUAUGGAACUCCUCUCCCACCAAUACAUGAACUACACACGCGCCGAUCCCAACGGAACCCCAAAAUCACCCAUCAACUUGGUCUUUCACUCCUUGCAAACAAUUUUAGCCGGAUACCAAACACCCAAUACAUCCACCUACGGUGUUCCAGUGCUCCCCAUCUCUCUCAGCGAUGCAUUCCACGAAUACCGCUUUGACUGGACGCCCGAACGCGUCUCCUUCUACUUCGACGGGCAGUGGCUCUGGGAUCUCAUUGACGAGGUUCCCUCUUUGCCAUCUGCCAUUCUUCUGCGCCACUGGAGUAAUGGUGCUCGUGGGUGGACCAAGGGUCCCCCGAUAACAGAUGCCGUCAUGACAGUGAGCUACUUCAAAGCCUACUUCAACAGCAGUGAUACGCAACGGGUUAAGCACUACAGCACGCGCUGUAAGGACCCUGAGGCGUCGGGUGCAGUCUGUCUCAUCCCUGAUCAAACUGUUGCGCCUGAUCCUAAGAUCACUACUGGGGUUAGUACUGCCGUUGCUGCAGCCAAUGGGUCGGCCAAUACCUUCUUUUUCUCGCAGCAGACGAACCAGACUUUCAACCAAACAGUUUAUACCGGUGUUAAUGGCGGUAUGGUGUCUGUUGUGGACUUGCAGUCAUGGACUGUGUGCACUGUGAUGCUAGUUAUCUGCGGUAUUUGGCUUCAUAUUUAA